AUGAGGGAGCUCGAUGAGGAACUGGGCGAUGUGAAAAUGAAAAUAAUAGAUAAAGAAACUACCAUUACCAUCAGGAUGUCAUCGUUGAUAUUGUCGCGUUCGGCGAUGCUUCUUGGAGUUGAACGUGUUGCUUCUUCGCUGGAUGCGGCAAUUUCUCUUGCACUGACAGCAAGGCAGCUAGGUUCUGGUGGUGAUUCUACAAGAAUCAAAGUCUUCACAGGACCGAAUGCAUGCGGCAAGAGUAUUUACCUGAAACAGGAAGUUGGCCUCUCGUUGCUAGCGUCGACUAUAUCUUACUGGGCUGCGAAGGGACAAACCGGCUGCCCUCAUGUUUUCGUUUCAUCCCACUUUCAUGCUCUGCCAAACUUUGUAACUGAUGAACAGGAUGUCGUCUCUUACCAUACAAUGGAAGUGCGUUGUCGAGGAGCAGAACUUGAUUUUCAAUAUCGACUUGUUGACGGUGUGGUGGAUUCAUCAUACGCAGCAUACAUAGCCUGCAAAAUGGGAAUACCAUAUGAUGUUGGAGACCGUGCAAAGCAGGUUUAUGAACACGUAAGGAAAGGUCAUGGUAUUGGCGACCUCAUUAUUGAUUCGGAAGAAGAGCAGAAGAAUAGGUGGUUAGCGAAGCGAAUGUUGGAAGUAUUGCCUCAGUUCGAGAAAUGGGACAUUGACAACGACUUGAGCGGUCUCCUAGAUCUUCUCCAGGAGACGCUCUUUAAAGCAAACGAGAUAAGCACAAGAAAACGCGGACUACGAGAAGGUUCAGUCGACUUCAGAUGGCCAUACGGAGGUGUCUUCCCCCGGGCAUGA